GAACAGUUACUACUACGACGACAACAACAAUGGAUGACAUGGAUUUAAUUUUGCUGCUCAUCAACCUCAUACAAUUAAUUAAAUUCCGCCAACAAGCUACCCUCAGAAGACAAAAUGCUGAACGACUACUACGUAUUUCCAGGAGAAAUAUGGAAGAAAAAUACCGUAGACUGUUCCAGACCAUCUGGCAGUACGAGGCUGAAGAUGCCAGUGCAAGACGAAAUAGGACACUGACAUACCACCAAACAUCAGAAUGUCAUAUGGGUCCAUCGAUGGAGGUUCCUUUGGCAGCCGUAACCCGUUUGGGGGCCCCACCAGGCAGGGCUAUCAGCCAGUAGCCACACAGGUCAGCCCUUCAGAACUACAAGAUGUGUUUCAAGAAGCCUCCUCCAAUAUUUUCCAGAUCAACGGCAAUGUUGUCACCUUGGAGAAAAAUCUUCAGUCACUCGGUACUUCCAGAGAUACAACAGAGCUACGACAGAGCCUACAUUCCACUCAGCAGCAGACCAACAAAGUUAUCACCAGCACAAGUCAUCUCAUCAAACAACUCUCUGAUAUAAUCAGCGGCUCUUCACGGCAAGAUCGUCUACGUCUGACCAAACUGAAGACUGAACUCUCAGAUUCUGUGCAGCGCUAUGGGGAUCUUCAGAAGAAAAUCGCAGAGCGAUCAAGGGCCUUGCUCCCUUCAGCACAGAAAGACAAGAAGAAGAGUCCCCAGACUCCAUCCAGUGACCCGAACCAAGAGGACCCACUUUUUGGAGAAGCAGCAGCUGCUGAGGAAGGAGUCCAAGCUUUCCUGUCUGAGAUCAGUGAGGAGGAUGUGGAGGUGCUUCGUCAAAGAGAGGAGGCUCUGCUUCAGAUAGAAAGAGACAUGCUGGAUGUCAAUCAAAUAAUGAAGGAUCUAGCCAGUAUGGUCCAUGAACAAGGAGAUACAAUAGAGAGUAUUGAAGACUACAUUCAGACCACAUCAUCUAACGUGGAAUCGGCCAAUCAGGAGCUUGCCAAGGCCAAUCAGUAUCAGAGGCAGUUGAGGAAAAGAAAGUGUUACCUUCUGUUGGCUGGAGCCUUGAUCCUCGCCAUCCUCAUCCUCAUUAUUGUUGUUUCAGCAAGAAAAUGAAACCUAUCUAUUUGGUAAGAGCUACAAGGACAAAUCACUCCCAUCCCUUUAUUAGAAUAUUAACCUUUUCACUUUUUGUUUUGCAUUGAAAUGUAAGUUGUUCAGUUGAAGUAUAGAGCUUGCACUCUAUACUUGCAAGUAUAGAGCACUUAAUGCUUUUUUACUGCUUUACUUACAAAGUCAGGUUGUGUAACGCUCAUGUGGAAUAACCACACAAAGGCAUUGGCAUUUUCUAAGGUGUGAUAUACCUAAGAUUGCAUUCUGAAUUGCUUAUAUUGCCCAGACCCUUUUGAGUUUAUGCAUGUCAUUAAAUGAUAAGAUGACAUGACAUAAAUGUUGAACAGGUACUUAAAUGAUAUGGUCAUGAAUUUUGUCUCUAUCUGGCUUAUGCAGAAAAAUAAUUAUUUAUGUUUUGCUGUAGGGUUGAUGCUUUAAUAUCUUCAGUUUCCAGUUCAGCUGAAAUCAUUUAUUUUACUGAGUGAAUGGUAUAAAAUCUUGACUCAUCUGUGGCUCUGGUAAAAGCAGUAAAGUUUUUUGCCCUGUAGAAUACGCA